CUGAUAAUUGCAGAUAAUAUGCUUUUCAACGCAGUGGCAUGCCUAGCACUCGUGGUGGGAGGAGUUGCCACCCCCAUGCCAACAUUGGUCUCGAGGAGCGCGUCAAACACGACCUCUUGCAAUCGUGACUGUAUGGAAACCAUGGUUACCAAAGUCCUAGAUUCAAUGGUGGCGCACGACCCAUUCAGACUCCCACUAGCGGAAGUGUACAAGGCAACCGAGAACUCGCACCCUGCUGCCGUUAACAUGAUGACCCUCUGGCGCACCGUCACCAAGGCCAGCUCGCCAAACGUACUAGCAAUCGAUACCACACAAGGCCAGGCAUACUUCAUGCUACCAAUUACCGAAGGGAACGCCACCAUUCAAAGUAUUCUUUGGGGCCGCAUCAAAGUAUCCCAGCAGUUGAUUACUGAGUUCGAGCUGUUCGUCAACCGCGGUAAAGGUGAGGACGGGUUCGCCUUCGAUGUCGAAAAUCUCCCCGAUAAUUUCAAGCGGUGGCAGUACCCGCCAAAAGAUCGAACAAAGGCGACCCGGGACCAGUUGGCGCGUCUCGCUGCCUCGAGCUUCAAUGCGAAUGACAACUUUACGGUGGACAUGGCCUCGGACUGCCAAUUCACUGAAAUGGGCUGGGUGGUGAAGAACGCCGCGUGUAAUUGGAUGCCUGAUCGACCGACCGAUUUGAAUGCCCGCACUGUGGUCAUCGACGAGCAACUAGGCAUUGUCGUCACGGCUGGCGUGGUUCCGGGAAAGGUCUACCCCUACGCGACCUUCUCGGCCUUCAUUCCGGACUCGAUGGAGUCUUCGCAGGCGACGCAGGAUACGUGGUACUCAAUUCAGAAGUCUGAGGGGUAUAUCUAUUUGGUUGAACCGAUGCACACCCUGUCUACCAGUUUCAAUGUUUUUCAGUACUACAACAAUCAGCUCCAGGGUGAGCAGUUUAACGUCUACCUGACUGCGCCGCAGAAUGGAACGAACUGGGCUUAA